UUGCUCGCAAUCUCCAUCUCCGCUCCGAGUUCUUACUGUUACCUGUAUAUCUCAUCUUGAUUCAACAGGCUAAACCGGACGCGAUCCCCUCGACACUACGACUAUGGCUAGCAGCACCCCCGCCCCCGCCCCCACGGGCGCCAGGCGCUCGAUCACCCUCGCCUCGCGCGCGUCCCAGCUGGCGCAGAUCCAGACGGUCUCCGUCCGGGACGCGCUCGCGGCCGCGUUCCCGUCCGUGACGUUCGAGACGGCGUUCAUGAGCACCGAGGGGGACAAGAACCAGUCGCAGGCGCUGUACCUGCUCGGCGGCAAGGCGCUCUGGACGAAGGAGCUCGAGGUCGAGCUGCUCGAGGGCCGGGUCGACAUGCUCGUGCACUGCACGAAGGACGUGCCGACCGUGCUGCCCCCCGGGUGCGCGCUCGCGGCGAUCGCGGAGCGCGAGAGCGCGGUGGACAGCUUGGUGGUGAAGAAGGGCUUGCCGUACAAGACGCUGGCGGAGCUCCCGGACGGUGCGGUGGUGGGCACGAGCAGCGUGCGGAGGGUCGCGCAGCUGCGGAGGGCGUACCCCAAGCUUACUUUCCUGGACGUCCGCGGAAACCUGAACACCCGCCUGGCCAAGCUUGACGCGGAAGACGGGCCCUACACCGCGAUCGUCCUCGCGCGCGCGGGGAUGGACCGGCUCGGGUUCGGGGACCGCAUCACGGCCGACAUCGGCCCGCCGACGCUCUACUACGCCGUCGGCCAGGGCGCGCUGUGCAUCGAAGCCCGGGCGGACGACGCGUUCGCGCGCGAGCUCGGCGCCGCGAUCACCCACCGGCGCACGCAGUGGGAGUGCCUCGCGGAGCGCGCGUGCCUGCGCGUGCUCGAGGGCGGGUGCAGCGUCCCCGUCGGCGUGCACACCACGCUCGUCGAUGCCGGCGAUGAGGGAGGGAAGAGCGCGCUGAGGAUGACGGGGUGCGUGACGGGGAUCGAUGGACGGCUGCACGUGGAGCAUACGCUGAACGAGCCCGUGGGGUCGCUGGAGGAGGCGGAGGCGGUCGGCGUGCAGAUGGCGAAGAUAUUGAUCGAUACCGGCGCGAAGGAGAUCUUGGACGCGGUCGCGGCGGACAGGGAGAAGAGGGUGGGCGAGGCGAAGGCAGCCGAUGAGGUUACCAAAAUUGAGACCGCGAUGGAUGGUCCGACGGCGCAGGCUUGAUGGGCGUUCCGGCAUAAAUCGGGCGUAUGUGUGUGCAAUACAAAAGAUGUAUUCUUGUAGAGUGUAUACCACAUACUGGGCCUAUCAAGAUGGACGAAGGGACUAGAGCGAGGAGCAAGCUCGAGGUGCAU